CAACCCCCACACUCCGCUGGCGCAACUUGGUCAAGUCUUCCUCUUUACACAUCUCAUGCGUUAGCCUGUGCCAAAUCUCAACUGUCCACUUUCAAUUUCCCGUCUUCGAUUUACGUGGUGCUGUCCCGGAAUUCUUUUUUUCUCGAUACCGAUUACCGACCUCAAAUCUACCAAUCACUAUGCCGAGCCUUUUCGCUCGAAUAAGGGGUAAAGAUGGCUCAUCCAGACUUAAGCCUAAGAAGAAUGCCAACCUCGAUGACCUGGCGCACCAAUUGCCCAGCAAACCGCGCUGGGAAGAUGCGUAUACGCGAACAACGAUAGAACCCGAGGAAGUCCAAGAUCUAAUAAAACGAUGUACAGAUGAGCUCAAAGGCCGGGCUCUCGAUCUUCCCUUCCUUCUCUUACCGUUCCGUCCAACUUCUGACCCUAGCGCCGUGCGCACUUUCAUCCGCCACUUCUUCGAUGAAAAUCAAAACUUACAUGGCGAAGCGCUCGCACAGGAGCUGCGGAUGACGGAGCCUAUGGUUAUUGCGGGCGUUUUAAAAUGGUGUUGGAGCAGAUUACAAGGUGGAAUUGUAGGCUGGGACGCCUACGAACUAUUCAAAGUUGGAGAACAAGACUCGAGCAUGGCUCGUGACUCGUUCUCGACUUUCAUUCCGUUAAGUGUCGAAAAUCAAGCGCGAUCCCACAUCAUAUUCGAUUACUUCGACCUACUUUCAGCCAUCGCAGCUCAUGGCAAAUCCAAUGGCUUCAGCGGACGUAAGCUGUCUCGUAUGGCGGCGUGGUGGGCUUUUGAGCAUAAAGACAAUGGCAGUGGUUUCGAUGGAGGAUACAAAACUUGGUUGAGUGCUGCGGAUGCAACGAGCCAUCUAUUCUUCGCUUAUCUGAGGUCCUUAUCUCCCCAGCAAACCCGCGCAGGUAUCUCGAUGCUCCCCAUGUCCCUGCAGAAGUUGCUGCAGGAAACCGAGUAUCCCCCGCAAACACCAUCAUUGUUGAUGUCGUCAACAUACAGAGUGGUUAUGAUUGUCGACACUGUGUCACCAACACCGUUUGCGCUUCUACGUCGUGCUAAUCACUUCCAAUAUCGCGAUGAGGAUCGGGCACUUCGAGAAUUUUCCGAAUACGAGGACCCUGUGAAAGCAUUGACUGAGGAAUGCCGCAGAGUUCUUAAGGCGAUAUCUCUGGCGAACCAAUCUCAAGUCUCUAGCUCGAAACAUUCUACAAGUUUACGUGAUGCCUCCUGGUCGCGAUUCGAAGAUAUUGGUUUCGGUGACACCUUAGAAGAAGAGGACGAAGACGACGAUUCUACUAAAUUGAACCAAGCUCGAAACCCCCGUGGAUUACGAACUACUCCCGCCUCGGGUGGAAACCUCGGAAGACCGACCACACCUUCGUGGGCAGACUUCUUAUCAUCUGGUUUCGUCGAUGAUGCGCCGAAUAGUCCGUCGAAUCUCUUACUACCGCCGGAUAAGAUCUUACCACCCAUCGAAACGACUGUGAGGCAACGGAGCUCACAAUCGCAUCGACCACGACUGGAAAGCGACCGUCAUCUAGAGCCUGGUGAGCUGGCUAGUAUCACCCAAUUCGACCUCGAUGAUGCAUUCUGGUGGGUGUGGAUGAGUAGUUUGGCGCCUGAGGAGACCGCAGAACGUAAGUCUGCAUUCGGAAGAUGUUCUAUCAUUGAAACAGUCAUUCGCCAAGGCCGAUGGCUCGUAAUGGAGGAGAUGGUAAAGGGAGCUGCGCCGGAACCCGAUGCUGGUGCCUACAUUGCAGAGAAAAAGGGCUUCUUUAGUUGGACGAGGCGUGGUAGAGGUGUUUCUCGUAGCAAGUCAACCACCAAAGCAGCCUCGGACAAAAACGACCGUUUGAACCCUGGUGCUUCUACAGGUGCUGGGAUGAGCAAGACUAGCAUAGGACCGGACCAGCACGCGAAAAUUCAGGCAGCUGCACAAAAGCUUCAAGCUAAGCAGCAGCAAGAACAGCGCUUAGGGGUUAAGGCAGAACGACGUGGGCGUACGGACGCCGACGUGAUGAGAGAGAAGACAACCAGUAUCCUCACUUUGCAGCCAGGUGUUGUUAACGCCGCGUCACCGGCUAUGAAGUGGGCGAACAAAUAUGACAAGGAGGCUAUCCGCGAGGCGUAUCUUGGCAACGCAUUCGCUGGUCGUGGUAUAUCUCAGACUUCGCUUCAAAUGCCAGCUCAUCCCGGCACAAACGGACACACAAACGGCGACAGCCCUCAGCCAGAGGCUGCUGAACGUGACCCAACCCCGGCUGUGGCUCCAACUUCACCUGAACCCGAGCAGAAAUCUCCGGCUCCAGCUCCAGUUCCGGCCCCGGUUCCGGAGAAGAAACCCGAAGCACCACAACGAGUUCACCCUGCUGAGCGUGUGGAACCCGCGGGCCGAGACUCCCCAUUGCCUCCUCCACCCCGUGACGAACAGAGCUUAGAUGCGGCUCGAGAAAAUAUGAUUUCUCCUGAGCCAACUAGCCCUGACAGCAAAAAGCACAAGAAGCUUCAUAAGGACGAGAAGAAGACCGGUGGUGGCUUCCGAAAGCUAUUUGGCCGAAAUAAAAAUCGGCAAUCCAAGUUGCCUGAGAAUGCCGCUGCUGAUGUUAACACCAUGCUAGCUGCUGACGCUUCUCAGGCUCCCGCAGCAGCACAAGCUCCAGCGCCACCAGCAGAGAAGCCACAGCCCGUUCCCUCAGAGCCAGCUCCUGUGUCUCCUCUAUCCCCAGCGGAUACUGCCUCCCAGGCUCCUGCUGCGCGCGCAGAUGAUAGGACACCGAUACAGACACCGGUAACCCCAACACCUCGUAGGCAACAAUAUGACCAAUCCGUCGACGACAACCUAUCUCGCGUCGACACUGCGGAUGCUGCAGAGGCCCAUCAGGAGUUCUCUCGCUUCGACCAAGGUCCUCUACUAGAUCAGCCCGCCUUUGUCCCUGAUGAAGAUCAGAGCGUUGACUCCGCCGCGCCGCCGCCGAUUGCUAGACAUCCUAGUAACAACCAUCGCGACGAGGAAGAUGAUGACGAGGAGGGUGCUCCAUCACCAAGUGUUCCCAUGCAGGACCGAUGGGCUGCCAUCAGGAGAAAUGCCGCUGACCGCGCGGCCCGACAGAGUGAGGAGCAGAGCCGGGGUGCAUACAGCAAGACGACGGAUGGUGAUGAUGAUACCAGUGGUGAAGAGACUAUCGAGUCUCGUGUAGCUCGCAUCAAGGCUAGGGUUGCCGAGUUAACGGGUAAUAUGGAGGGUACCAAUGGACCCGGGACUUUGAACGGCCGCCGCUAGUGUUGGUGCUUUAAAUGACGAUUUGACUAUGAAAUAAUACGGGUAUCCGCAUUACGCAUUCGCUUACAUCACGUCGCCCGGAGCUUGAUUCGGGCG